CUAUUACACACAUACUGACUCACUCACUCGCGCUCUCGAGCACAUACAUCCACACGCGCUACUGCCACAGCUCUGCGCGAGCACACCAGUGCGCUUCAACACGCUUCUGCGCAACACCAAUCCCUCUCCAGUCUGCCAGUUUGGACAAAACUUGGUGCCUCCUGAGUGUGAUCGAAUGACUUACGAGAGCAAGAAGAUAUCAGAACACUCAAGCUGUGUCCGGAGGGCAGCGUGUUUUAAGCAGACGAUUAAGGGACAAAUCCCUGCGGAAACCUCUAUCAACCCAUCGGAGACCAAUAAGGCAAUGGAGCGCAAUAACGCACGCAAAUCCGCGACUGCUUUAUAACGGAAUACAGCUGAAGACCUCUGAUUUAUUUUAAAACAGGCUGUUUUAUGACAAGGCAUGACUUUUUAUCAAUACAUGACAUAGAUCAUGUCAUGCACAGUUUGCAUUUGCUGUGCGCAAUGGGCUCAACAGAACUGCCUCUGAAAAGGACAUUCUGAGCAUUAUAAAGACAAAACGGCUUAUUUUGUUUUCUUUUCUUAGUCUGAAUUAUAGACAUUUGUUCCUUGAAGAAGAUCACUAGUUGAACACAGGUCACUUCUUCAAGGCAGCACAUUUUUGGAAAGAUGGAUUUCUGGAUAUCUCACCAAGGGAUUGCAUUUAUCUUUUGCUUCGUUCUGAAAGUCAGCGCAAAAGAAAUUGAGACAUGUGGAGGCCACCUGGAUGCCAGCGAUGCCGGUUACAUCACUUCUCCAGGAUACCCUCUGGAAUACCCGCCCCAUCAGAGCUGCCAGUGGGUGAUCAGCGCACCCGAAUCCUCACAGCGCAUCGUGCUCAACUUCAACCCCCACUUUGAGCUGGAACGACUGGAUUGCAGGUAUGACUUCAUUGAGAUCCGAGAUGGGAGUUCUGAGUCCGCGGAGCUGCUGGGAAAGCACUGCAGUAACAUCGCUCCUCCUGCCAUCAUUUCCUCCGGUCCCGUCAUCCACAUCAAGUUUGUGUCUGAUUAUGCGCACCAGGGUGCUGGAUUCUCCCUGCGCUACGAGAUCUACAAGACUGGAGCCGAGCACUGUUUCCGUAAUUUCAGUGCUUCAACUGGAGUGAUUGAGUCUCCCGGUUUCCCUGACAAGUACCCUCAUAAUUUGGAGUGCUCCUUCAUCAUCAUCGCUCCUCCUCAGACGGAGGUCACACUCACCUUCCAGACCUUUGACCUGGAAAACGACCCUUUGCUGAUGGGGGAAGGAGAAUGCAAGUACGACUGGCUGGACGUUUGGGACGGUCUACCACAAGUGGGACCCCUGAUUGGACGAUACUGUGGGACGAAAAUCCCUCCAGAGAUCCAGUCUUCUACAGGUCUUCUGUCGCUUUCCUUCCACACUGACAUGGCUGUGGCCAAAGAUGGUUUCUCUGCCCGCUAUAACAUGACUCACAAGGAAGUUAGUGACACAUUUCACUGUAGCAAUGCAUUUGGAAUGGAGUCUAGUAAGAUCUCUGAUGAUCAGAUUUCGGCCUCCACCUCGUUUUAUGAUGGUCGCUGGCAGCCCCGUCAGGCCCGUCUGAACAACGAGGACAACGCCUGGACGCCUGGUGAGGACAGCAACAAGGAAUACAUACAGGUGGAUCUUCAGUUCCUUAAGGUUCUGACCGGGAUCGCUACCCAAGGAGCCAUCUCCAAGGAGACUCUUAAGUCCUACUACGUCACCACCUUCAAACUGGAAGUCAGCACUAAUGGAGAGGACUGGAUGAUCUAUCGGCAUGGAAAAAACCAUAAGAUUUUCCAUGCCAACACUGAUCCAUCUGAGGUGGUUUUGAAUCGUGUUCCUCAGCCAGUUCUGGCCCGAUUUGUUCGUAUUCGACCACAAACGUGGAAUAAUGGCAUUGCGCUGCGCUUUGAACUUUAUGGUUGCCAGAUUACAGAUGCUCCAUGUUCAGAGCUCCAGGGAAUGCUGUCCGGGCUCCUCCCUGACUCCCAGAUCUCAGCGUCCUCAGUGAGGGACCUUCACUGGGCCCCUGGAGCGGCACGUCUGGUGGCCAGUAGAUCAGGAUGGUUCCCUGCCCCUGUCCAGCCUAUAACUGGAGAAGAAUGGCUCCAGGUGGACCUCGGGACACCCAAGACGGUGCGAGGAGUGAUAACCCAAGGAGCGCGUAGCGGCGAGGGAGGAACCAGCUCUGAGAACCGGGCUUUCGUACGGAAGUAUCGCCUUGCACACAGCCUGAAUGGGAAAGACUGGAACUUUGUAAUGGAUAGCAAGACUAGCAUGUCAAAGCUUUUUGAGGGAAACACACACUAUGACACCCCAGAGCUGAGACGUUUUGAGGAGCUGCCUGCACAGUUCAUCCGCAUCUAUCCAGAGCGCUGGUCUCCGGCAGGGAUCGGAAUGAGAAUGGAAGUCCUGGGCUGCAACCUGCCAGAAACCUCCACACCAGCUGUAGAGACAUCCAAACCAACCCACCCUUCCUCUGUAGAAACCACCACAACACAGAAACCCAGUCCAGUUACUAGUGCUGCCCUGCCAUCUCACAAAGGACUGUGUGAUUUUGAGCAAGGAUUGUGUGGUUGGACCCUUGACCCGGAUUCUGACCUCAGCUGGGCGCUACACAGCUCCAGCAAAAGCACCGCCUUGGGUCAAAGUCAAGAUCUCUCCAUGGGCUCAAACAGUUUGGGAAACUACCUUUACAUUGAGGCCAGUCCUGAGACCCAGGGCCAGAAAGCCAGGCUGUUCAGUCCCAGUGUGGAUCCUGACACCGGACCUCUCUGCCUGAUCUUCUCCUAUCAGCUGGAGGAUCAGGCAACACUCAGGGUCCUGCUGCAGAACAAACACCAAGAGGAAACCCUCCUCUGGUCCCUCCGUGGAGACCAGGAGCCCAUCUGGAAAGAAGGACGGACCAUCAUACCUCGAUCUCCAAAUGAAUUUCAGGUGGUAAUCGAAGGAUUUUUUGAGGGUGCCAAAGGCCACAUUUGGAUUGAUAAUAUCCACAUGAGUGUGAACACACCGCUGGAGGAGUGUACUCAGCCUUUUCCCGCGUUCCCUCCGGACAUGACCGGGGGAGCCCUACCUGGCAAGAGUGAGCCAACAAUAGAUACGCUGUCAGUACCGCCCGUUUUGCCCAACUGGUAUUACAUAAUGGCUGGUGGAGGAGCCAUCUUGUUCCUGAUUAUUGUCAUUGUCAUGGCCGUUAGCUGUCGCCAUCUUACGGCCAGGAGGAACCAACCCACAAUGGCCUACUACAGCCCCCACAGUGCACAUCACCCGAACGGCGGCGUGCACAGGUCUGGGGUGACACCCAAAUUGACUGUAUGGGUUGAGAAGGGCGAUGGGAAUUCCUACUGGUGAGAGACCUGGACUAAAGGUUUAGAGGUUUGCCUACAAAUGCUGACUUCAUGAAGGAAGUCCUUGAUGAAGCAGAUCUCAGACUGAAGAGUUGGAGGAGAAUGCUUAUUAAAGAACGCUUCCAGAUGCUUGGAUUUGGAUGCAUCCAGAUGAACCCAACACUUCGAUUUUUCUGUUUCCUCAUUCUCUCCGUGUUCUUUUCUUCCUUGGAUACUAACGACCCUGUCUUACUGGUGUGCUCAGCUUGUUUACCACAUCUAGCCAGCUCAUACUCAUCUGGAGGGACCUUCUCCAAGAGUGAAUCUGUAUCCAGCCUCAUGAUGGAUGCCGAGCCAAGAGGACGUGUUAUCCAAUGACCUCAAUCACUGAUCCUGGACUGACUUUGAUCCAGUCUGCUGUACUUAUGUUAAAUCAAUGUGGUCAGAACAUUGGGGAGUUAAGAGCUGUUGUGGACAUGCUGUCUGACACAAUGUUUGCACUUUGACUAGUCCAUGAGAUUGAUCACGAGUACCUCUUUACCUUAUUAUAGCAGAACAAGGGAACAGACCUUUGGUGAAAGAGAGAACACAAAGCGUUCAGAUAAAUUAAAGCAUACAGGAGGGAGCUCCAAUACUGAGAAUGUGCUUCUUAGCACUUUUUGAAUACAACGCAAGCAUGAUUUAAUUAGUAAUAAGGGAAGGUGAAGUAUUGCAUAAAAGGUUUCUGCAUGUAAACAACUUGAGUUAAGACUAAAAAAUGGAGAGCCCACCUAAGCUGUCAUGAUGAACAUUGCCGUAAAAGUCAACAUGAAAUCAAAAUUGAGUUUCUUAAUCCGUGUUCUUGGUCUUAUUGUGAGUGAUUGAGCAGUGCGCAUUAU